AUGUUCACCCAGCUCGUCGCCUUGACGCUCGGCGCGCUGUCUUUUGCCAGCGCUGCGCCUUCUCGCCAGCAACUCUUCUCGGGCGGCUCGUGCGCCCAGGACGUGCGCCCGGCCUCCGAGGCAAGCUCCCACAUGUUUUGCGGCUUCUGUCCUGCUCUUCUGAUUCGCAAUUCCCACGAGCAGGGUUUCAGCAACGUCCCCGAACCAGGGAUGUACGAAAUCACCACGCCGAAAUUUGGGGGUGCUCUCUUGCACGGCUUCCAGAUCGGUAACCCGCUCGUCGUGAGCCGCGCCCUGCUGUACCCGGGACCUUUUGGCCAGUACGAAUUGUCCGUCACCAGGGACAACACGAUCCGCCUCAUGCACCGCGGACACAACACAGCCGUAGUGGUUGACAAGGACCAGUUCAUCUCUACCGCAUCCACUGGCAGGGCUACUCCUGACGAGUUUGACCUUCAAGAGACUGACACUGAGGGGCAGUAUGUCGUUUAUUCCACCGAACAUCGUGGCUAUGUUUGGACGCUGAACCCCUCCGACUCGGCUCUCGUAUCUCGCGUCACUCUGGCCCCGUUCAGGGGUCUGCCCUCCCAGCACUUCCGGUUCAAACGGUUGGACGAGUUUGUUCUUGGCCUGGAGCAUUUGCCUGCCAGCACUGGUCUGCGUUCGCCUGCCGCUUCUGUCUUCGGUAACUUCGACCCUAUCUCCCCCGGAAGAUACAGGAUCAUCGAUGGUGUGGUCGGUGGCCUCGUGCGCAGCUACGAGAUCGGGCAGGGCGCGUACACCUCAUCCGGGCGUGAUUACCCCGGGGAUUUCGCCUUGUGGGACGUUAUCGGCGACAACAACGCGGGCUACACUAUCACCAACGUUGGCCAGGGCCUCCCAUUGGUGUUGACUGACUCCAAGAACCUUGCGCCCAUCCCCGGUCUUGCUCCCGCCCGAUUCCGGUUUGUCGCCCUGAUCAAGGGCCGUGUCUCCGUCUCCUUGAUCGGCGUCGAAGGAGUUUGGGGCCUCGACUCGAGCAGCGGAUACAUUCAUGCCUCGAUCGAGAUCCAAUCCCAGAGACAGGGUGAUGCCACGCAAGUGUUCUUCUUUUCCCCCUCGUAAGCCUUGACGACAAUGUCCCCCAAUUGUACGUGAUCGGAGUGCUUGCAUGGUCCCCGAUGUUGGUCGAAUGAAUCUGUGAAUGAAUUUUGCUCUUGAAAUA